AUGUCUUCAGAAAUAAGGAAAUGUGUGAAAUGCCCAGAAAGGGCUACAUUAUGUGGUACAGAUGUUAAGAAAGCAGCUUACUGUAAGCCAUGCUUUAUUCAAAUGGUAAAACAUAAGUUUAGCUCCGCUAUUGGUAAGCGACGACUGUAUAAAGAUGGUCAGCAACGCGAGACUUUAGUAGUUUACAAUGGAACUAAUGCUGGCGCCUUUUUGCUUUCCCUUGUUAGCGAGGGUUUGCGAGCUGAUGCUCAUAAACGACUUACACUUGUACCUACUGUAAUGGUUCUUCUCAAGGAAAAAGAUAAAGCAGCAAUUGAUAGCAUCAGAAAAGAAGUAGAACUUAUCAAGGAAUGUAUCGUAGCUCCAUGGAUCUAUGUUCAUAUUGCUGCGGUCUUCGAAAGCUGUAUUUCUGACCCACGAACAUUUUCUGACAUUUAUGGCAUCAAUCACAUACCACAGUGGACUCAAUUGUUGACUUCCUGUUCAUCAUCAUCUACUAAAGAAGAAAUUGAAUAUUUGUGCACAAACAUGUUAUGUAUCAGGAUAGCGCAGAAAUUAGGAAUUCAUAAAGUAAUGCUGUCUAUGUCCGCUGAUGAAUUAGCCUCAACAACUCUUUCAUCGCUUGCUUUAGCUAGAGGUCCUUCUGUUUUUCAUGCGGUUAACGUAGUUGAUAAGCGACACAGUGAUGUUACAUUAAUACGUCCACUUCGGGAAAUUAGCGAAAAAGAAAUUGCAAUUGUCAAUCGAUUCGAAGGAAGUGAUCGAUAUAUUCUGAAUGUACGGAAGAACCAUUUAAAAAUUGAUGACGACCAAUCAAUACAGUCAAUUUCGAGAGAUUUUAUAAGCGAUUUGGUAAUCAAUGGUUUUACUGGAACCGUAACAACCAUAUUGAGUAUCGCUAACAAAAUUCAGGCUCCAGCUACAAAUAGAGCACGCUGUGUUCUGUGUGCCUCAGUUUACAAUGCAGAUGAGGGCGAAAAGUACUGCUAUUCAUGUACAUCAGUUCUGGAUCAAGUCGGCGACAAAAUCCUAUUGGAGCAGCUCCUUGAUUCUAUGUGUAUGAAUGCCCAUUAA